GUCAAUCAAUGAUGUAAAUAGUUUUGAUUUGUUAGAAAUUUCUUGAUUAUCCUCUAUAGAAUUAUUCACUUAAUUUUGUUCCAUCAUAAUCCAUUAUUGACCAUAUUUCAAAUUUUCCUUUGUUAAUUAAUGUGCUGGACCUAUGCGUUGACGUUUGAUAUCUGCAUAUGCGUACAAUACAAUCUUCAGAAAUUCUACAAUGGAAGUUCUUGAAAAUAGCAGUCAUUUAAAAGAUCCUGAAAAUCAAAAUCCUGCAAGUAACUUUGGCUGCCGUUUGCCUCGAGAUUUGAAUCCCGGAACUGCAGCCAUUGCUCGAAGCAAAGCAGAGACAGACAUUGGGCGUUUGGUCGCAUGCAAAGCCCAACUAUCAUCGGAAGUCAUCAGGUGGAAAACGGAGAGCCUCAAACUCCAAAAAGAGCGUGAUGCAGCCCGGCAGAAAGUGCGAGAGUUAGAUCAGAAUGUUUUACGACUGUCACAAAAAGCAAAAGAAUUAGAAACUCAGUUGCUUUUGUCAGAGCAGGAAAAAAUCCAACUCCGUACAAAAAGCCUCAUUGCCGGAGACUGCAAUGCGCAUUUGAUACAGAAACUUUCUCAGAAUUUUGAAAAAUAUCAUUCCUUUCCGUGGACAGAUACUCCAGCUGCAAGUCACAAUGUUCCUAGCACACUUUAUUCCAGUUGCAAAAAAUCUCAGGAAGUACCGUUAGAAGAUUGGAAGCAAGUGUCUCACAAAAUAAUGGAGAAGAUGAAACAGGAAAUGAAGGAGCUUCAGGAGUUGGGGAGUCAUUGUUCUGCACAAGACAAGGACAGUGCUGCAGAAGUCGAGGGAAGAACUGAUAUUGCUUCUGAUGAAGAGCUGGAGGAAACCGUUUCAAACUUGCUUUCUGAUGCUUCAACUUUGAAACACUGUCUCCUUGAUCAGCAGAAUAGGCUGAAACGUCUCUUUAAUUCUUGUACUUCAAGUAACAUUGUGCGAGAAGAUUUCAAUGUCAGAUCAGAUAGCAAAAGUGUUGAAGCUUCUAGAAAUAAGCCUUUGAGUCCAAAAUGCAAACCUCCUACAAAUUUUUCAAGACCCUCCGAUGACAGUUUUCGAGACUACUUUACAAAGCAGCUUGAAGGAUUGCAUGAAGUUGACAAAAUGACAAAAGCAAUGCAAAUUUUCCUGCAGACAGAAGAAACUCGUUCGAGAGAGAACAAAACAAACAUUCCCGAAUCAAAGAGUUCAGGAUCGAACAUUCCUCGUCUUUCAGAUACCGUAACUGGUUUUCUUGAAGAUCGCGUUUGUCCUAUCUGUGAGGCACCAUUUGCUGCCAACAUUCUUCAGAAAGAUUUUGAAGAACAUGUAUUAGAUCAUUUAGAAGCAGAAAGUGCUUCUCUACUUGAUCAGUAUGUUGUUUUAUAGGUUUUAACAUUUAUAUUUUAAUGGAGUUUUGGAUGUUGUAUGUAA